CUUUAUUAAAUUUUUUUUAAAAGUAUCACUAUAUUAUUUAGUUUUAACAGAGGACAUCAUGCUAAAAAAGAAAAUAAUGUUAUUGAAACAAUGCACUUGAGAACAAACGUACCGAUUUUAUUUUAAAUAAUAUUAUUUGUAUGUACUUAAUUAUAAGCUUGUUUGGGUUUCAUUUGUUUUUUUAAUGGUAAACAAAAGAGAAUAAUCUAUUUUUUGGCAGAAUAUAUGGAGUAAGAAUUGUAUUCGGCACAUACACUGCACAUAGUUGUACGGUUCUAUCUAAAAAGAAAGACAUGUCGUAUUUUAUCCUUGCUUCUUCUGUGCUUCUGAUUGCUAACAAUGUAAAAUGUAACGGUAUGUAUUAACAUUGCUUUAAUUUUUUUUUUUUAAAUUGUAGAACAGUCUUUAAUCGAUGUUAAAUAUUUAUUCCUUAAUUAAUAUAUCUUUCUUAUAUAUAUAUAUAUAUAUAUAUAUAUAUAUAUUUAAAAUGCGAACCGAUUUUGAGCUCUGUGGGGAAAACUCAAAUUCAAUUCAAUAAACACACUUAUGACAUGUCAUACUUUACAUACAUUUAACUUUAAACCAUUUUGCUGGCCUCAACCGUUGCUUGCAUUCGUAGUAUUCAAAAUGUUUAUACUCUCAAAGGUAUAAUAUUAAAAACAAAAUCAUAACUACUCAAUAAACAACACUAUGGGAUAAACAAAAGCAAGUUUUGAGAUAGUUACUUUUUACAAACAAUAACCCGAGCUUUAAGAGGAAAAUAUAAAUUCAAUCAGUUUUACAUUAAUUAAAAGGUUUAUUUUUAGAAAUUAGGCAUACACAUCAACUCCAAGACCUAAGGUUACUAAGUGUCAAUUAUUAAAGGGACUAUUUAAUUUAUGGGGACUUGAAUUGGUCGGCAAAUGCAAAGUUGACAUCAAAUGGUCUAGGUUCAUUAUUUGAAUUAGCAGCACACAAUUCUUCUUUAAUAUUGUAACACAAAUAUAAAAUUAUUGUGCAAAUAUACUUACUCAAUGCUAUCAUUAAAAACAUAAAUUACAUAUAUACUUAUUGGUGUUAUUUCACCUUAAUUAAUGUUACCUUUUUUGUUUGCCGCCACCUUAAAACUUGGCAUGGUAAGAAGCAUGUUGAGAAGUCGCAAAAACUAUGUUUCUUACAGAUUCGCCAGGGUUUUGCUACGAGAACGACGCGAAGAAAACCCUUUUCGCCGAGAUUGGUGAAGAUUUGGAUGUCCCAAUAUGCCUGACUGGUCCUUCAAAUGUCGUCGUCAAUCCACUAGUGCUGCAGGGGAACGAGCUGGUCAACAAACACAACUGGAGGACGUACGUCAGACGUGGUCGAAACAACACUAUUAACGUCCAUGUGGUCAUCGACGAUAUCUCUAACAACGAUUUCGGAGAGUACAUUGUUAUUGUGUCAAGUGGUCCAGACAAUGCGGAUGCUCCUCGAAGUCAUUUACGGAUAAGACAUACAUGUUCGAAUUGAGUUCUUGAUAUUUUGUUAACAACUAGCAAUUCAUAAGUAUAUCUUUCGAAAUCAUAGAAUUUUUAAAAAAAAUUAAAGUAAAGAAUAACCAUUUGCUUUUUAAAAAAAAAAAUUAUCGUAGAAUAUUUGUAAAAAUUUAAAAAAAAAAAAAAUCAGAUUCAGGCAGUUGAAAUGUAUACAAGUAGUUCUGAAUUAGUAAGUUAUAAUUAUGCUCUACCAAAGUGAUUUUUUUACAGGAUAAUAUUAACUGCUAUUUAUCCAAUGUAGGUAAAACACAAAUCAGACUGUAUUAUGAAAAUAUGCCAGGACACUAAUUAUAUAUUAGUUAUAUAUAUACAUGUUUCAAAUUAAGUAUUCUAUCUUUUAGUUGCUUUUAUUAGUUUUCAUCUCGUGGUAAUUUUAAGAAACAAAUACUCUUCAAGGAUUUUUAUUUUAUAAUUUUUUAAAUUGUGUAUAUUCUAAAAUUAUUGAAUGUCAUAAUUUUAAACAAUAAUUUUUGUUUUUUUAAAACAAAAAAGUAAUGAUACUCCUAUUUUUUAUGUACAUAAUAUGCAUCUAACUCAAUAUAUUACUUAAUAUGGUUGACAGCUAAAAAAAGACUAUGUCAAGGACAAGAAGACGUGAUGAAAGUUGUGGCUGGCCUGGGAACAAGCCCCGUUUUGACAUUUUGUGUUGAGGCCCUCAUGAGAAGCCCAAAUCUUCCAAUUCUGAAAGUGUUUGAUCGAUGGAUCAGACCCUAUGACCACGGUUAUGACAAAGUCAACUUUUCGUAUGUAUCCGACACGAAAACAGGUGGACGGCACAGCAUCAGCGUAUCUUUCAACAACAUAACAUCGGAGGAUUACCAAUAUGUUACUCUCAUUCUCCUGACUGGUUUUCAGGAAGAGAUUAAAAUUCUAGCACGAAUCAAACCAAAAGGUAUCUGAAAUAAAAGUAGAGCAAAAUAUAUUUUAUGUUUUAUAUUAGUUUUUCUUAUAAAAUAUGUUUGUAUUGUUUAUAAAAUAAUCUCAAAGAUUAGUGGGUCAUGUGGUUUACUAUUUUUAAUUUGUCUGUUCAAUACUACAUUUAUUGAAAGGAAUCUUUUACAGUUAACUAAAGUAUCAUUUUUGUAUACAUUAAAUAAUUUUAAAAAUCAGAUAAAAUAUUUUAUAUACAAUAAAUUAGUAUACCUUUGAACCUUUCAUAACGAGUUUAAUUGCGCUUAGCUUGUUAAGCGAAACACUCGUUAAACGAAACAAUUUUCCCCAUACAAAUCAAUGUAACAUACGAUUAUGCGUGCCAUGCUGAAAAAAUAAUAAUUUUAAAAAAAAAAAUUAAUAAAAUUUAUUCAAAUAAAAUUACAUAUGAAUUGUUAAGGAGUGUAACAACUUGGAAUACAAUUUAGAUUUGAAACACAAAACUUAAAUAAAAAUAUGAAUUUAUGACAAAUAAUUAAUCCUUUUUAACUAGAAAACUGUAUAACGACAUUUGUUUUUGCCGACGCUUCAACAUUUAACGAAAAUGUGUCACAGCAUUAUCAUUGAAUACAUUUGUAGCACGAAUAGCCACCUCCUUGUUAGGGUGAUGCUUCUCAAUGUACGAUGCAACAGUUUCCCAUAUUUUCAGCAUUUCUCUUACUGUGCUAGAAGAUUGUUACACUUAUACUUCCUCCUCCAUGAAUGAUCUCUCCUCCAUAAUUUCUUGCUGUGAAACACGAUGCAACUCCAUAAGCACUUCGGUGGUCAACUCUUGACUGUGCUUUCUAACAAGCUCUUCAAUAUCGUUGUUGUCCACCUCGAGCCCCAUGAUAUUUGCCAAUGACACAGUCUCGUUAACCGUAGACUCCACAGGUACUGUUUCACAAUCACAUUCAACAACACUCUCUGGCCAAAGUUUUUUCCCAAGCAGAAGUGAGGGAAAAGGGAACUUCCCCUUUCUGCGUAACUUGUUAUGCAAAAUUUCGCUCGUUAAGGGAGCAACGUCUUCACAUUUUUUUUGCUCGUUAUGCGAAUUACUCGUUAUGAGAGGUGCUCGUUAUGAGAGUUUCCAUUGUAUAUUCAGUUAAUAAAAUUAUUUAAAAAUUGUAUGAAAAUAAAUUGUAAUGCACUUUUCUUUUAAGAAACAUGCAGAGAAAUAUUUAGGGUCGAUGCAAAGGACGGCUCAGAUUUUCUACUGCUUUGCUUUACUGACUGCUUUCCUCGAUUCAUGGGCAUUCGUCGGAAACAAGAUGAUUUCUAUAUAAAUGAGUGGAACACGACGACCUCAAGAAUGAGUUAUACGCUCAAAGCUACCCCAAUGUAUUUCACAUGCAUGGAUCAAGCGAAAUACGUGUGUGCUAUAACUUACUUGGAUGGAUCUAGCGUAAUGAAAGAAACUGAAGUUGUCUUGCCAGGUGUAAGUAUUCAGUUUGCAUUCGAUUAUAAUAUAGUUUAGGAUGACACACGAUCCAGUUAGAAGAAGAAUCAAAGCUAAAUUUAAAUAAGCGAUUAAUCGAGAUGCACAUUUUUUGUGGAACAAGUGUAUGUGGAGACAGUCUGACUGAUAUAUUGACAUACGUAGAUAUCAAUUAUUGAAGAAUAAAUGUAAAUUUUGUAUAAAGUCAUUAAACUAUUAAUUAAAUUUUGUUGAUCACAGUAUAUGAAUUCAAACUAGUUUUACUAUAAAGUUGUGUAAUGUUUUGAAACCUUUUUUUUAUUACAGUGUCCAAGAAAUCACAGUUCGGAUGACGUGUGAUCCAAAUAGUUAAUGUUGUGACAAGACUGCAUAUGGAUUUUUACA